AUGACAGUCCCCGAUGAAUAUAACAAAGAGAAAGAGCCAGAAAACUGCCCGGGGCCAGAAUCCGAAAAUGCCGGUAAAUCAGAUGCUUGUAAUGGCUGCGCAAACCAGAGUAUUUGUGAAUCGCUACCCAAGGGACCUGAUCCCGAUAUCCCAUUGAUCCAAGACAAUUUAUCCCAAAUCCAGCACAAAGUCCUAGUGCUUUCUGGUAAAGGAGGGGUUGGGAAAUCGACAUUUACUUCGAUGUUGAGCUGGGCGCUUGCGUCAGAUGAAGCGUUGGAAGUGGGGGUAAUGGAUUUAGAUAUCUGUGGGCCAUCGUUGCCAAAGAUGCUCGGCACCGAGAAUGAAAUAAUCCAUCAAUCGAAUUCUGGAUGGUCUCCAGUAUACGUCGAUGACAAUUUGGGGCUAAUAUCCAUUCAAUUCAUGCUUCCUGAUUCCGACGCCGCCAUCAUUUGGAGAGGCAGUAAGAAAAAUUCGUUGAUCAAGAAUUUCUUGAAAGAUGUCAAUUGGGGCCCAUUGGAUUAUUUAGUGAUCGAUACUCCUCCAGGAACUACUGACGAACAUCUUACCAUCAAUAAUUAUUUGUCCAAGACCAACGGGGGUAUUGAUGGUGCAGUAUUAAUCACCACUCCACAAGAAGUGUCGCUUUUGGAUGUGAGAAAAGAGCUCAAUUUUUGCUUGAAGGCAGGCAUCAAAAUUUUAGGGUUGAUUGAAAACAUGAGCGGGUUUGUUUGCCCUAAUUGUAAAGGAGAAUCCAAGAUCUUUAAGCCAACUACGGGAGGCGGCAAAGCGUUGGCCAAAGAAUUUGGGAUCAAAUUUUUGGGAUCAAUACCGUUGGAUCCUAGAAUUGGAAAAGCUUGUGAUCAAGGCCAAUCAUUUUUGGAUAUGUACGAGGACUCCCCGGCCACCGAUGCAAUUUUAGAUAUUGUCAAUCAGUUAAGAGAUGAUGUUGAAGGGACCACUGAAAGUUGA